CUUAAUUUGCGUUUGUUAUUAUUUUGUCAGUCUAAAUAUAAUUUUCUGCAUGUGCCCGUCAGUGGUCGCUCUCGGCUUAUUCCCUGUAGAUUUUCACGCAAAAAUGCGUCAGGAUAUUCAAAUACCCCGCAUGCAUUAUGCUCUUUCUAAAUCUACUUUUAACUAGUUUAUAUAGCUAGUUAUAACUUUAAAAGUUCAACCACAAUUCUGAUACAGAGAAACUGAGCUUUACGUUAAUUUAAUUUAUUUAGAACAGCUUUUUCCCCUCUUAACUUUUAAUCUUUCAAAAUGCCGGUGAACAUGGCUGGAUGCACCACAGACUGCGUGGAGAAGCCGAUCUCCAUCUGCUUCCAGAAGUUCGGCCGCUUUGUGGGAACUUACCCGUGGUGGUUCUUCAUCUCUCCUCUGUUGAUCUCUGCGGUGUUGGGGAGUGGGUUUUAUUUCUUAGAAGAUCGUGAGGCCAAUGACAUUGAGGAUCAGUUCACACCUGUGAACGGUCCUGCCAAGCUGGAGAGGCAGUUUGUGCAGGAAAACUUCCCGCAGAACGACUCGGUGUUCUCCAACCAAAGACUCUACACGGAUGGAGUUUACGCAUCCUUCAUAGCGGUGUCAACAUCCUCCAACAUCCUCACAGAUGCUGCCUUUCAGGAGAUAGUCACUUUAGACAGGAAGGUCAAGGAGCUGAAUGUGUCCAUGGGUCACGAGGUGCUCACUUUCGAGGGACUUUGCGCAAGACGAUACAAGAAAUGCAUACCGAAUAAGAUACUGGAUAUUUACAAAUAUUAUGGGAAAAAUUUAGAAAAGACCGAACUCACUUUCCCGUUCUUUCGUUUCGGAUUCGCGUACAUUUUCCUGGGCUAUUCUGUUGGUGGAGUGGAUUUAAACUCUUCUGUUAUUAAAAGUGCAAAGGCAGUGCGACUGUUGUAUUUCCUGAAGGAGGAUAAUCGUACCAGAACAGAUUUAUGGCUGAAUGAAUUCCUUAAGGUUUUUCCAUCUAAUUUAUCAUUAAACUUCAUUAAGGUAGGUCAUAUUUUAUUUAUGUACUGUUUGAGGACUGGUAAUCGGGGGCUAGUUGUCACAGGCCUAUAAUAUUGUAACAU